AUGACAGCAGGAACGCUCGCAGAGAAUCACUAGAAUGACUAAGCAAAUUUAUUUAGAAAGCGAAAGAUCUAAAGGAAAACUGUGGAUUCAGUUGUUUUCUCAAGUUGGAACUUGAGAGUUCUUGUAGUUUAUUAAAAUUAUGAAUGUUAAAAGACCUAUAAAUAUGGAUCCUCUUUCACCUGGUCCUUGUUUGGAUAUAAGUGACGAUGAACUUGUUUCAAUAUCAGUUCGAGACUUGAAUCGUCAAUUAAAACUUCGUGGUUUAUCACGUGAGGAAAUUGUGCGUAUGAAACAACGGCGACGUACAUUAAAAAAUCGAGGAUAUGCUGCAAGUUGUCGUAUUAAACGAAUUGAACAAAAGGACGAAUUGGAAACGGAAAAAACUCAGGAAUAUCGUGAUAUGGAGACAAUGCAAGACGAUAACAAUAGAAUGCGAGAGGAAGUUGAAUCAUGGCAUUCAAAAUAUUUAGCCUUAAAGAAAUUUGCAUUACAUGAAAAAAUUCACAUUCCACCUGAAUUGGAAACAAUAUAAAUUUAUUAUUUUAAGGCAAGAGGUAGAAAAUUAUAGAAAACAUAUACAAAAUAAGGGAUAUAAAAUAUUGUAUUUACUUUUUUUUUUUUUUUUAAAUAAGGAUUUUAAUUUUUAAUCGUAUUUUUAAGAUUAUAUGUAAUUUACAACCAUUAAAUGUUGUAUAUUUGGAUAAAAACGUUAAAUUAUAUUUACUACUUGAUUAGCAAA